CGUGCCUCGCUGGUGUUGUUGUCCUAAGAUGGUGGCGUUGAGAUGAUUGAAUAGCCUGAGAACCUUUACGAGGUUAACGGCAUUUCUAUCGCUCUCCCUUUCUUUAGUUAUUUUUCUUAUUAUUUGAUAGUUAGUUCAAUAAAAAGAAAGCUUAGGAUGGUAAUAUGACACAGGGGAAGAAGAAGAAGCGGGCAAACCGUAGUAUUAUGCUGGCGAAGAAGAUUAUUAUUAAGGAUGGUGGCACGCCACAAGGAAUAGGAGCACCCAGUGUGUACCAUGCAGUGAUUGUCAUCUUCUUGGAGUUUUUUGCAUGGGGUCUUCUGACAGCACCCACGCUGGUGGUUUUGCAUGAGACAUUCCCGAAGCAUACAUUUUUGAUGAAUGGCUUAAUCCAAGGAGUAAAGGGGUUGUUAUCAUUCCUGAGCGCUCCCCUGAUCGGAGCCCUUUCAGAUGUGUGGGGAAGGAAGUCUUUUCUGCUGCUAACCGUGUUCUUCACCUGUGCGCCCAUUCCACUCAUGAAGAUAAGCCCUUGGUGGUAUUUUGCUGUUAUUUCAGUGUCUGGAGUUUUUGCAGUCACCUUCUCUGUGGUGUUUGCUUAUGUAGCUGACAUAACCCAGGAACAUGAAAGGAGUAUGGCCUAUGGACUGGUAUCUGCCACUUUUGCUGCCAGUCUGGUGACAAGCCCAGCUAUCGGUGCCUACCUUGGCAGAGUAUAUGGGGACAGCCUGGUGGUAGUGCUGGCCACAGCCAUAGCGCUGCUGGAUAUCUGCUUCAUCCUAGUGGCGGUCCCGGAAUCCCUGCCGGAGAAAAUGAGGCCAGCAUCCUGGGGAGCCCCUAUCUCCUGGGAACAGGCUGAUCCAUUCGCAUCUCUUAAAAAAGUGGGUCAGGAUUCAACAGUGCUGCUGAUCUGCAUAACCGUGUUCCUUUCCUACCUCCCUGAAGCAGGCCAGUACUCCAGCUUCUUUCUGUAUCUCAGACAGAUCAUGGGGUUUUCACCAGAAAGUGUUGCUGCUUUUAUAGCGGUCUUGGGCUUACUCUCCAUCGUCGCACAAACUGUAGUGCUGAGUUUGCUGAUGCGCUCCAUUGGGAACAAGAACACUAUUUUACUGGGUUUGGGAUUCCAGAUCCUGCAGCUUGCCUGGUAUGGCUUUGGAUCUGAACCCUGGAUGAUGUGGGCAGCAGGAGCCGUUGCAGCAAUGUCUAGUAUCACCUUCCCUGCAGUCAGUGCUUUGGUGUCAAGGACAGCAGACCCAGAUCAGCAAGGUGUCGUCCAAGGAAUGAUCACUGGAAUUCGAGGGCUUUGCAAUGGCCUGGGACCGGCACUCUAUGGGUUUAUUUUCUAUAUAUUUCAUGUAGAACUUGAUGAACUACCAGUGAGUGGUCAUGAUUCAGGGGACAGUGUGGCUGUACCGCACCAUAAUGCACAUAAUCAGCAGAGUUCAAUUAUCCCUGGCCCUCCCUUCCUCUUUGGAGCAUGUGCUGUGCUACUGGCUCUGCUUGUUGCCUUGUUUAUUCCUGAACACACAAAUAUGGCAGUAAGAAGCAGCAACUGGAAGAAGCACUUGGCAAACCACGGCCACCCUCACAGUCCGCCGGCACCUGGAGAAGCUAAAGAACCUUUAUUACAGGACACAAAUGUAUGAGGUCAUUUAUAGCCUGUUUAAUAGUAAAAGCAGAUGGGGAUUCACGUUCCUCUUUUUAUCUAUUUAUGAAGAUGUCAGACAUGUACAUUUCAAAUUAGUGUAAGGAGUUUGAAUAAAUUGUACCAUUUGUAAAGAGAUCAGUCCAAAGGCACUAUUUGCAAUAGUUUUAUUUAUUUCAUUUUUGAUUCUGGAGGAAGUUAGUGUUUUUGUUUUUUUUGUUUUUUUUUUAUUCUAUAUUGGCAUGGCUUAUUGUAGUACUUGUGCCAUAUAGAACUGGAAUGUUACUAAACACAAUGUGUUUGAUUCAGUCAUUCUGCUUUGAUGAAGUGGGGAAAAAAUUAAUAAAACAAAAAACACAAAAGCAAUUCCUCAGCAAACACAAUUAUUUCCUAGAGUAAAACUGUAUACAGACCCAAGCGUAAUAAAAAGGUAAAGUGUGGAUAACUUGCAUAAUUAUAUAGUAUCUUGACAAAAAGCCGCCUUAAAUUGUAUUUGUUCUUUAAGUCAAAGUGAGACCUCAUUAAGGUUGAAAAGUUGAAUGAACUUGGUACUACAAAAAAAAGUGGUCGUUUUUUUUGUUUUUCUUUUUUUUUUUUUUUUUUUU